GCUUUGGAGUGUUUUAUGAUGCUGUGAAAAUUACUCCAGUAGGCCUUCUACAGAACAUAAAAUGGCUCUGUCUAGCACAAUAAUGAGGAACAUUGGCAAGCUUAGUGUUAACAACAGCAUGCUCUUUAUAUGUGACAUGCAAGAAAAGUUCAGAAAUCAAAUUCAAUAUUUUCAAGGUAUUUCCACUAAUUCUGCUAGACUUAUAGAAGCUUUCAAAAUUAUGGACAUGCCUGUCAUAUGCACUGAACAAUAUCCCAAAGGGCUUGGCCACACUGUUCCUGAGCUUGAGUUGAAAAAAUAUGACAUCAAACCUGUUGACAAGACACAGUUCUCCAUGUGCGUUCCUGACGUUGUUGAAGCAAUUAAAAAGCAUGAGGUGCAGAAUGUGGUGCUCUGCGGAAUAGAGUGUCAUGUUUGCGUGCAGCAGACAGCGCUGCAGCUGCUGCAGGAUGGCAUCAACGUGCACCUUGUUGCUGAUGCCGUGUCAUCUCGCUCAAUGACUGACCGACUUGUUUCACUUCUCCGCAUGCGUGACAGCGGCGCCUUCUUGACCACCACCGAGUCGGUAGUAUUAGGCCUGGCUGGAGGAUCGCAUCACCCUAAGUUCAAGCCUCUGCAGAAGAUUAUUUUGGAGCCCAGCAGCGACACCGGCCUCUUGCAGCACCUCACUCUUAACUGAAGGUGUUAUGUUCUCAACAUCUUGAGCUUCAUAGUUCUGGCGCAGUUUUAUUGUAUAGGAGUCGCUUAUGGCUCUUGAAAGUGAUAAAUUUUUCGUUUUAUAUACUAUUAAUGAGACGAAUCCUCUAUGACUAGUACUGUAUUCGACUUUGGGUCAUUCAAUGGCGAUAAGAUAUAGGCUAGGAAUUAAUUUUCUUUCGUUUAAGUAUUACUAAGCACUGGCUGUGCGUCUUGAAUUCCAAUAAUAAUUCCUCAUUCAAUUCUGUAAUUAAAAUAUCUUCACCAUUCGAGGUUUUACCUAGGGUGCUGUGGCGACCGUCAUUUUUGGUGGAAAGGAGUCAGUGCCAAGAAGUCACGAAAAGGGACUAAAAAUAAGUCAGUGCCAAGAAGUUACGAAAACAGGAUUUAAUGUCAGAUUGAAUUUUUGUUUAUAUGUAAACCCUGUCAUAAUAUUCGUAGUUCAGGGUUUUAACUGAAAACCCAUAAUUCGUAAUGAUGCAAUAUUAAGCUAAGGGUUCUGUUGAAUAUCGUAAAUAUAUUUUGUCAAAAAGCC